AUGGAUUCUUCUCAGCACUUAGUGACCUUUGAGUAUGUAGCUGUGGACUUUACCCAGGAGGAGUGGACUUUGUUGGAUCAAACACAGAUUGUUCUCUACAGAGAUGUGAUGUUGGAGAACUACCAGAAUCUCAUCACACUAGGCUCUGAGCUGUCACCACAGAGCCUGACCUCUGCAUUGGAAGCAGCAGAAUUGCUGAGGACAGGAGGGAGAGGAGUUCUGCAGGAAGUGGAUUUGCAACUCCAAACCAAAGGUUCCACACCCCUUCAUGAGAUUCCUUGGGAAAAAACACCAAAUGGAAUACAGUUGGUAAGAUCUCCAAAAGUAUUUCCUUUCCCCACAUCAAGACCUUACUGGGCACACGAAAACUCAGACACAAGGGAAAGACAUUGUCGGAGAACUUUUGUUAAUCAGUCAUCCCGUAAGGUGCAUGUGAGACACCACACUGGAGAGAAGCCAUAUGAAUGUAAAGACUGCGGGAAAGCCUUCACUCAUUCCUCAUACCGUACGGGUCACAGAAGAACUCACAGCAGAAAAAAGCCCUCUGUAUGUGUGGAAUGUGGGAAAGCCUUUACUCGAUCCACAGGACUUCUUUUACACAUGCGAAGUCGCACUGGAGAAAAACUACACGAAUGUAAGGAAUGUGGAAAAGCCUUUAAUAAUUCUUCACUGCUCAGUCAGCACGUAAGGUCGCACAUCAGAGAGAAGCCGUAUGAAGGCAGGCAGUGUGGGAAAGCUUUCACUCAGUCACCGGGCCUUACCACACAGUUAAGAACUCACACUGGAGAGAAGACCUAUGCUCGUAAAGAAUGUGGGAAAGCUUUUGCUCGUUCCACAAAUCUCAAUAUGCACAUGUGA